CUAUUUUCUCUGAUCUACCUGCCUCCUCCUUCUCACCAACCAAAAAGGUAAGCCUUUCCUGCCUGCAUCUUCCUCUUCGACCUUCGCCUCUCCUCUUCUCUCCCGGCACCAAUACUUCCUCACUCCAUACACGAGGUCAAGGGGAGGCUUACCGAGGCGUCUGCAGUCGUCGACAAACACUCGCUACUGGAGGCAUCGCUAGCUUGGCCUACUUGCCUGCCGAGUCGUGCCCUUGUGUGCUCGAGCGCCCCAGCGGAGAAAAAAAAAGGAAAAAAGAGCACCACAAGGGAAGCGCGCGCAACCCAAACGUGCGGGGCCGUCGAUAUCAAUAGCUCUUGUCGCCGACCACCCGGUCGACGCACAUCCCCCUCCACAGCUGCAACCGCACGCAAUCUUGCACCAGCACCCGCAGCCAGCCAGCCAGCCAGCCAUUUUUCUGGGAAAGACCUGUGUUGUUGGAUGAACAACCAGUCUUCCCGUCUCUCAUCCCAUUGUCGCCAGCUGCUCGCAGCCCUUGCCGUUUGCCCACUGCGGACCAGAAGCAGCUCGACGCCGACCUGCAUUUGAUAUGAGCAUUUGAUUUCUCUUUUUUUUUGUUAGUUGAUGCCGACCACGACUUUUUGACGAGACUGCACGACCGUUCGCCUUCAAAACCCCAAAGUUUUGUCCCAUUCGCACCAAGCACAGCUUUCCAAGCAUCCAUCCGCAGCAUCCUCAGCCUAGUAUCGCACCGGGCCGAAGACCUUGUCAGCACCCGGAACGGCACGAACAACCAAUUCCCUCGUACACGCCUCGGCUCGCCCGCCCUGACGACAUCCCAAGCGCACGCCUACGUGUUUGCGCGCCGCAGCGACUCGUCGCUGGUCAACACAUUGGUCUAGAUAGUCCCCAGGCAUCACCGAAAAGCUGGAUUUGCCGUCGAUCUCCGUGCCAGCCCGGGGCCAUUCCGACGUACCGUACUACAACGCGCACGCCCAGAGGCCGUCGUUGUAUGGGAGCGACCAGAGGCUGCCUUCGUUUCCUCUGCCCCCGCCCCAGCAGGCAUACUUGUCAGGGACCGCCUCGCCCCGGGUCAGCUCCAUAGGGUCCUCGGCGAGCUCCAACGCGGACUCGCAGUCGUCCUACACGUCGGUGGCAUCGUCCAACGGUCCCAAGACGCCGCCGCCUUCGUCCCUCCCCGUGAGCGCUGCCAUUUCCGGCCAUUCGGCCCAGCCCGUAACAGGAUACGAGCCGUAUCCGGCCAUGAACCCGGCGCCCGCAGACAUGUAUUACUCCCAACCCCAUAUGUCCGCCGGUCCGGCACCAUCAACACAGACCGUCACCUCGUACAACCCCCAGCCAUCCAUCCUACAGUCGGGCCCCGGCCAAUACCCGGCACCGCCCCAACAAUAUCCGCAAUACUACUCGGGUGGCCUGACAUCCCCGCCAGGCCCCCCGGGCGUGCCCGGACAGAUGGGUGCCGGCGGCGGCGUUCUUCCCCUCCCCGGUGCCCAUGCGCAGCCCUCGGGUCCGGGGUCGAUGCAAAACCAGUACCAGGGCUUUGACACGACCGGCCAGGUCGCGCCGCCAGGCAUGAAGCCGCGCGUGACUGCGACUCUGUGGGAGGACGAGGGCAGCCUCUGCUUCCAGGUCGAGGCCAGGGGCAUCUGUGUUGCUCGCAGGGAAGAUAAUCACAUGAUCAACGGAACAAAGCUGCUCAACGUCGCUGGCAUGACGCGCGGCAGGAGAGACGGUAUUCUCAAGAGCGAAAAGGUCCGGCACGUCGUAAAGAUUGGGCCGAUGCAUUUAAAGGGCGUUUGGAUCCCAUUUGAGCGCGCAUUGGAUUUUGCCAACAAGGAGAAGAUAACCGAGUUGCUGUAUCCUCUAUUCGUUCAUAACAUCAGCGCUCUUCUGUACCACCCCACGAACCAGAGCAGGACAAACCAGGUUAUGGCCGCGGCCGAGAGGCGGAAGGCCGAGCAGAGCCAGCUGCGCAACGGCCCCGGCCCCGCGCCUCCAGGACUCCCCUCACUACACCACCACAGCAUGAGCAACCAUGCAGGGCCGCAGCCGUCUCUGCCGUCCAACAUGGGCCGGCCACCUCUCGACCGCGCCCACACCUUCCCCACGCCUCCAGCCAGCGCCUCCAGCGUCAUGGGCGGCAUGGGCAACUCCGAGGGCUUCCAAUGGCCCCAGCAGGGCAUCAACGGCCAGCAGCAGAACCCCAUGUCGAUUGACACGAACCUGAGCAACUCCCGUUCCAUGCCUCACACCCCGGCAACGACCCCUCCCAGCGCGACUCUGCAGAGCAUGCAGCCCUACCCCCCGGCAUCGCAGUCGUACGACAGCUCGAGGGGCAUGUACAGCGCGCCCUCGACGCAGCAGUCCCCGUACCAGCAGUCCAACAGCAGCCCGCAAGACCGUUCCAUCUACGGGCAGCAAUCCGCAUACGUCAAGUCGGAGAUGGGCCCUCCGUCGAACCGGCCUGCCGCUGCCCCGGCCGCAGAGCACUCACAGGAGCAGCAGAAGCCUACCAAUGGGCUGAUGCAUCCUAGCCAGGGUGGCGAGUCGGUGGCCCACGGCUCCGCAGAGGAGGAGGCGGAUCACGAGCAUGAUGCCGAGUACACCCACGACAGCGGCGCCUACGACACGAGCCGCGGCCAGUCUUACAACUACAGCGCACCCCCGGUCUCGUCCCUGCCCAGCGAGCACUCGCACAUGUCUCCGGAGCUCGCGGGCUCUGCCGCGCACCACGCGACAUCUGGCCGCUCCACCCCCCGCAGCGCCGCUGCGCCCCCGCCGUACUACGGGGCCCAGGGCUACACAACGCCUCCGCGCACCCAGCAGCAGUCGUCGAGCAACCUGUACAACGUCAUGAGCAACGAUAGGAGCGCCGCCUCCGCCGGGGCCCCCGCGGGAGACGUUUACGCUCCCCCGGGAGACAUGCAGAACGGGUACGGAGCGCCGGUGCUCAACGGAAGCUCGGGCGGUAUGAAGCGGGGACGGGACGACGACGACGAGCGCCCGACGAGCGGCGGCCAGGGGAUGGGUGGAAUGGAGCUCAAGCGCCGGAAAACCCUCAUGGAGGGAUCCAUGCCGUCGCCCGUCUAUGAGACCAUGAACAGGCCCGCCACCGCCAUCGCUGCCACGCAGCGACGGAGGUAGUGGCCCCAAGCUAUCGUUUUGCGCCUUUUUUUUCUUUCCUUUUUUUUUUUUGCCCUGGCCAGGGGGGCCGGGCGCCCGAAGCCGAAUCGGCGCACCCGCCGCCACCUUCCUGUUUAUCCUUUAGUACACCCGGUCAUGGAUGGUGCCCGCGGCACCCCGGAAGCGGUCAGCGUGAGCAAACGAUAACGACAACAAUCGAGUAAUGAUGACAAUUUCUACCACACAUUUUCCCCCCGCAACGAGUCGCCAUGCAACCAACCCUUACCACAAUUGACGACGAGACGUUCACCCGCACACAAGACCAGUCGCGCGCUCCUGCACCCCACCCCAUUGUUUGUACGACAGCCAACACUCAUCAUCGCCACCGGGCGAACGCCGUUGUUUUUUCUUACGAGUGUUAUGACAUAGCCUUGGACCCUGAUGUCCGGCCGUCGGGUCUGGGGCAUGUACAUGAUGUGAACGAGUGAAAAGAUUUGCAUCUGGUGGAUUUUAAUUUCUAAACAAGCCCGGAUUACACGUUAAUUCUUUUUGUUUCUAUGGGAUCAAGAUUAUUUCCUUCUGGCAUUUUCUUGUCUUUUUUUUUCCCUGUCCGUCUUUUUUUCUUGGUUUUUUUUCGAACAGCUUUUCUUUGCGUUUCAUUCCGUCUCGCCCUGCUCUAGCCCUGGGUGUGCCGACUGAGAGACGUUGGUAUACAUGGUGUGCAGCAGAAGGCGAAGGCGGGGAUAAAAGAUGGAAGUCAUGACCGCCUGUUAUGACCAGAGGUGGCACACGACCCAGUUAUGCUCAACAUUUUUAUCGUUUGUUGCGUUUGGCUUUGGGGGGUGGUAGGGGGAUGGUGGCGGUGGGUUUCGACAUCGCCAGCAGCCCGAGCCCAGUACGAUGUCACAUCACAUGGCGUGCUUGCGGGCACUGAUCUUCUCUUUUGUCACCUAACGACCUCGAUGAUGAAUCUCCUUUUUUCUCUCUCUUUACUGCUAAAAGCCACAGAUGGGGUUUCGGGGAAUUGGCUUGUUUUUUCCGGUCGUGUCUCCUUGGGGUAUGUGUCUCUAGGUAACGACGCUACGAUGGGUACAAAAAUCGACAAUAUUGUUGACUACUCCAGAUACAAAGAAA